AUGGCUCAGCGUUACUGCAACUCAAGUUCAAGCAAGAAUUACUUGGAAGAGCGUUCUCCCGCAAACUGUCCACUGACCUACACGAGCGGAUGCGAGCAAGCGCGUGCACGAACUUCUCCAGCCCCCUCCUGGGCAGCCCUCAAAGCCGCACUCCAUUCCACUCCCCUCCCGUCCCAACGCGCUUCCUUCCUCCGAACUUCGCGUCUCUGCGGCCGGCCUGGCAGUCUCGGCUGGGCCUACGCUGCCCCACGGCCCCCUCCGCACAGCCCCUCCGCCGGGACCCCCCACCAGCCACGGCCGACCGUGCGGACGUCCGUUCUCCUCUCUCCCGCGACCUGUCCCACUCCGGACCCCCGAAGCACGCAACGGCCGGGCCCGAAAAUGGCGGAGCGCGACCGCCGGCGGCGCUUACAGGCCCCGCCGCGCACUCACCGUGGUGGGCCGGGAGGAGCUCCCAACCGCGAGCGCGGCGACCCUCGGCGCCGCAGGGAAAGCCUCUACGGUCUGGUCCUCUUCCCUUCUCCCCACUCUCAAUUCCUCUCCUUCAAAGAUGCAGCCGCCAUCUUCCCCGAGGAGCCACUGAGCGUACGCCUGUGCGUCAUCGCGGCCUCACGGCGCUACGUCACGCGCUCCUAUGCCGCAGGUCUACCGGGGGCUUAAGUAGAGCAUGCGCGCAGUCUUACCCUGGAUAGAUGACAUGUCCAACUGGAAUCAUUUGAGAAGACAGAACCUCCGUUGAAAAAAUGCCCCCACCAGACUGGCCUAUAGGCAAGCUUGUGGUACUUUCUUGAUUGACUGAUGGCGAAGGGCCCAGCUGGCUGUGGGCAGUACCGACAGCGGCUGUAGUCCUGGGUGCAAAAACAGGCUAAGCAAGCUUUGAAGAGCAAGCCAGUAAGCAGCACUCUUCUCUGGUUUCUGUAUCACUUCCUUUCUCCAGGUUCCUGCCUUGGAUUCCUGCUCUGACUUCCCUCAGGGAAUGAGGAAUUGUAAUCUGGAAAUGUAAACAAAAUAAAUCCUUUCUUCCUCAAA